AUGCCCAUUUCGCGCCGAAUCACCCGGCGCUUCUCGUCUGCGGCGGCCAGCUACCCGCCGUACGGCUCGAUCCAGGCGACGUACACCCUGUCGAACGGCCACCCGCUGCACUACACGACGCAUGGGCCCACCGACGCCGAGACAACGUUCGUCCUCCUCCAUGGUGCCCCGGGGUCGCACAAGGACUUUCGGCAUCUGGCGCCGCUUCUCGUCCGCGAGCGCAUCAACGUCAUCGCGCUGGAUCUGCCUGGCAACGGUCUCACACCUGCCGCUGCCGCGUGGGGCCUCGUGGGCCUGAGCGCCGCGUCGAUCGGCGACGCUGUUGUCGAGACCAUCGACGGUCUCUCGCUUCCGCGAACGUUUUUGCUGGGGCACUCGUUUGGCGGGCACACAGCGCUGGAAGCGGCUGCCCGCAUCCAGCGCGUACACGGCCUCGCACUACUGAAUGCUGCUGGUCUGCGCCCGCACCAAGCGAUUCGGCCCUUUGGCAUCAUGGCGGCUGGCGCAGGCGUCUUGUCACAACCCGGCCGUCUGCGCGAUCUCGUCGUGAAGCUCAACCACUGGACGUACCUUCACAUGUAUAAGUUUCCGCGCAGCACAAACGUGGACGACCUCACGUUUGGCUUUCAGCGGUUCGGGUCCACGGACUUCGAGCGUAUCGCUGGCUUUGCGAGAACGGCGGCGCAGCGCGGCGUUCCGACGUUUACAGCGAUCGCCCGAGACGACCACCUCGUGGAGAAAGCGAUUGGAGACGAGCUUAAGGAGCUUCUCCAGUCGGUCGUGCAUAAGGAGUACGUGACAGGCGGCCACAAUAUUCAAAAGACACACGCGGCGGAUCUGGCGCAAGCGCUGGUGUCGUGGGCCACCUCCACGCCGUAG